AUGGCGCGCGCCACGUCCCUCGACGACCUUCGCAAGAAGCUCGAGGACCUCUCGAAGGACCCGACCGCCGCGUUCGUGGAGGGGGAAGUCAGCAAGGUCUGCAAGCUGACGGAGCAGGUCCUGAAGGACGGCCCGAGCGUGCACCGCCACUUCUUCGAGUCCUGCUUCGCGCCGCUCGUCACAUGCAUCGCCGGGGGCAGCAGCAGGGGCGGCGAGGGGUGGCUUCUCGCACUCGACCACCUCCGCGACAAACACCCCCGCAUCGCCGACACCGAAGCGCUCGUCAGCCUCCUCCGCCCCGACGGCAUGCUCCUGCGCGCCGUCGCGGAGUCCGGCCCAGAGUACCGCCGCUACCCGUUCCCGGUCGCGCAGCUCCCGCAGCGCACACAGCUCCUGCUGCGCGCCGAGGACGCCGCGUCGCGCGCGGAACUCAUGCGGUGGCCGCACUACGCGGUCGGCACGCCGCCGCACGGUCCCGUUCAGGACCUCAACGUCCCGGCGCUGGAGUUCCUCCUCAUGUCGCUGGCACGCGCGGCAUGCGAGCCGCCGGUGGCGCACUACCACUUCGGCAUUCUGCGCGCCGUGCAGCACACGGCGGGCCAGCACGGCUCCGCGGGUUUGCGGACCAUCGCCGGGCGCGCGCGCGACCAGCUCGUCGACAUGCUGCAACACUCCCCCGGGGCCGCGCCCCGCUUCCCGUUCGCGGCCGUCAUCGGGCGGCUCCUCCACAACGCGCUCGGGCUCGGCGGCGCCAGCGCAGCCUCCAAGUCUGCCUCCGCGGCGUCGCGCCGCGCCGAGGCCGAGCUGAUCAUCGCGGUCCUGAUGGACUUCUGGCUGACUGACGCGCUCGAAGUCCCCCCCUCAAAACCCCCCCCCGGCGCGGCGCUCUCGCUGCCGCCGUCGCGCGCCGCGGCGCCCGCGGCCGUCGCGCCGCCCCCGACCACGACAGCCGUCGCCGAUGGCCUCCGGGUACUAUUCCACUUGUACCUCCACAUGACUGACUCAUCGCCGCUGACUCAGCGGCGGAGCGGCGCGCCGGGGCGCGUCACGCCGGGCGCGGAGAUCGUCGGGGAGCUGCGCAUGCGCUUCUAUCGGCUGCUGCGGCGGAAGCUGUGCCACGCGCAGUGGGGACGCGCAUGGGCGUCGCAUUCGAAAUCCGGGCUGCACGAGGCGCAGCGCGCGCUGUCGCUGUGGAAGGACAUCAUGGUGCCGUGGAACGUGGUGUGGAACAAGGACGAGGGCGGCGUGGAGCACACGCGGCGGGGCGCGGCACGGGAGUGGGCGGCGCACCUGGGCGCCUACGCGCGCGAACACGCGUGCUUCUACUCCGUCCUGCUGCCGGCGUUCCUCGGAGACAUGUGCACGGAGGCGAGCAACUGGCCGACAAAGGUCGCCGCUGAGUCAGCGGGCAUCGUGAGCGCGAUCUGCGCGUCGGACGGCCUGCUCGACGCCAUCGCGGUCGCGGAGGUCGAGUACGCGCGCGCCAUGGACGCCCUCGUCAACAACGGCGUCCCUGUCGGCGGGCACCUGGACCACGUCGCGGCCAAUCCGCUACGGACGGAGAAAUUCGGGGUUUUCGGACUCGGAAUCGGGAUCGAGAGCUACUGGCCGACGCCGAGGGUGCCGGACUGGGCGUCGCGGGACCGUGCGCGGGGGGCCGGCGGGCACGGCCCGCCUGUCACGGAGGUGGCGCGUCCGCGGUCGACGCUGCUGCGGCUGUUCUGCGGGGGCCUCGACAGCGGGGUUUACUCGGUGUGGGCGCUGAUGACGCACCUGGCCGCGCAGGAGCACGCGAGGUCGGGCGGCGACGGCGGGUGGGAGGGGGGGUGUCGCGGAUCAGCACGGGAGGGGUCCCGGAGCCCGGGGCCACGCGUGCGGGGCCGCGACGUGGACCAGCUGCAGGACGCGUGGGACAAGAUGUGGGAGAGGGCGCGGCGCUGCGACGUCAAGGUUGACGAAAUCAAACGGAGACUCCCCCUGGGGGGUCUCUCGGGGCACGCGGACCCGGGCUUCUCCCCGGAGACCGAGACGCCCGUGCGGAGGAUCUCCUUCACGACCCCGGGCACCGUCGCGGGGCCCUCGACGCCGACCCCGGCGCCCGCGCGCCGCGCGGCCGCCGCCACCCUCGUGCCGGGCCGCGGACUGCGGCCCACGCGCCCGUACGAGCACCCCGACGCCGCAGAGUACCUCUGCCGGGACACUGCGCGCCUGGGGCGCUCCCUGGCGUCGUACGAGAUCGCCUGGCUCGCACGUCUCCUGCACAGGUUGUCGUCAUACCUGAACGAGGCUCUCGGGCUGGUGCAGCCCGAGACGGGGGCCCAAGGGCCGCCGCGGACGACGGGCGUGUGGGGCCUGGACGAGGUAGUGGCGUGGUGCCGUGCGGCGAACCCGCCCGUCCUGGUCGACCUGAGGUUUCUGGCAGAGGUGCCGACGUUGGUUAUUGUGGCGGUCGUGGCGAUGGUGGUCCGGUGGGGGCCUGCGGUGCUGCGCGCGAUGGGCGGCGCGUAG